UCCUACUCGCUCAUUUUCGCCUCCUAUCGUCUACCUGAUCUCUGUCCCGAGGUGACAGAUCCACGCGCCUAUCUCUCCACAAAACUCGGAGCUCUGUCGACCCGUGUGCCCGGAAAGAUUGGGGCUGUUCUCACCUCUGCGCUGAACCAGGAGGCUCUCGGAAACCUGCAGACUUUCUUGAAUCAGUCGAUGGUGCAGCUUUCAUAAAACCGCAAAUGCCCCCCUUUUAA